UUUUCUCCAGCUUUAAUGGUUAUAUUUAAGGUGACAAAAGGGACAAGUCCAGUAGUUAGUGCAAGAAAAACGUUAGGUUUUAUUUAGAUGAAAUGUAGUCUAUGCUUGGUAAAAGACCAUAGAAAGGACUGCAAUGUCAAGCAAUCUGAAUAUUUAGCAGCAUUAUGUGCAUCCAAUUAAUAUAUCUUAAUAAUUGGUCCAAAAACUUAAUUCCCAUCGCAAGUUAAUUUGCAUGGCGCUGAUAGUUUGCAGGUGUAAGUCUUCGAUGUUACAGACUCUGAUAUGUACCCUACAUUUCCAAUGUAUUUUGUCAGGUAUUUGCAUCUUAGCUAGCUAGAUGAAUCUAUUCUAUCAUUUUAUAUUUGCACGAAUGCAGCAAUUUAAAAAUGCAUUGUUCAUCCUAAUAUUUGGACAUUGUGUAUGGGUAUGGAUAGCCUACUGUAGCAGGCUAUUUCAUUUUUGUCGUGUUCUUCCGUAAUUUAUUCGUGACUUUAGUCAUACAAUUGUGUAACUUUGUAUUUACUGGGUGUUCUGAAUAUGUUAAAACGUUUCUCAUCUGUAAAAAUUAAAGAAAAAAAAUAGGGGAAAAAAGCAUAUUUCACUGUUUGGAGGAAAAUGAAAUAGAUGAACGAAUAGCCAUAACGCAUCUCACUAGUUAUGUAAAGGUAUUAUCACACUGGUUAUAGCCUGCUCAAUAAAACGUUAUCUUGACCCAGUUUUAUAUUAAUUUAAUUCGUUAUUUAAUCUAGCUAACCAGAAGCCGAGAGCCUCUUGUCUCACGAAGUUGAUUAAAAAGAUGUUGCGAGCUACCCAACGAAGUUAGCAUCAUUGUUUCCCACUCUAUAGAAUGUUGCUAUACAAUGUAGGCUAUGUCGCUAGCUUACGUUACGUGCAAUUUAAAAAUGGCAAAAGCUUCCGAUAGUUGUCGCUAAAGGUAGGUUAUUGUGUUCUUUACAGCUGUGCGUUUAUGAAUGACAAUGUGAUGUUUUUGUUUGAACAAGUCAGUCGUCAUUAGAACAUCGUGAAUGCCCGCGUCAUACAGCCUACUCAAGCAACUGCUUUUUUAUCAUGUUUUAUUCUCAAUCUCUUGUUUAAACUUCCGGAACUCUCUGUACCUUUUUUUUUAUCGGUGUAUAGGAGGGAGGAGGUGUGGGCGAGCAGAGGAGUCUCGUUCCAUCUCUGACAUAGAAACAAACCGUAGUCCCAUGGAUAAUUUCAGAAAAAGAAAUCGUAUUGGCGUCAUACACAGCGCGUUCACUGGUGUGUUAGGGGGGUGUACAGAAAUGAAACGGGAAGGGAUGUUAAAGAACUAAGUCGUGACUAACAAAGAAGACAAACACUGAAGUGACACCAGUCAGCAGUCCCAUGUUGGUGAAAGAAGAUGAAAGAUCUUGAUGUGGGAAAGGACUACCUGCCAGUUAGCCCAGGGUACCGGGCUGUACCCAGCAGAGAUACCCCAUGCAGCUCAGACACUGACCCAUACCAACUCUCCAAGGUCCAGGAUGCCCUGGAGACCGCUGCUCGGGCAGAGGGGGGGCUGCCUUUGGAUGGGGGCGGGACCCCUCAUAUGAAGGAGCUGGAGGAGGAGGCGGUGCGAAGCAAGUACCACCACAGCAUGAGCGUGCUGAAGCCAUUCCGCUCCACCAGCAAGCACCAGCAUCCCGUGGACAAUGCUGGCCUUCUCUCCUUCAUGACCUUCAACUGGCUGACGUCACUGGCCAUCAAAGCCCACAAGAAGGGUCAGCUCUUCCUGGAGGACGUGUGGGCUGUGUCCGAGUGGGAGAGCUGCGAGACCAACCGACGGAGGCUGGCAGGGCUGUGGGAGGAGGAGUGUGAGGCUCAGGGGGACCAGGCCUCCCUGCAUCACGUGGUCUGGGCCUUCUGCCGGACUCGGCUGCUGCUAUCCAUCGUCUGCCUCAUGGUCACCCAGCUGGCUGGCUUCACUGGUCCAGCUUUUGUGGUAAAGAGGCUCCUGGAUUACACAGAGCAGGUCACACCGGACCUGUCCUACGGCCUGCUGCUGGUUCUGGGCCUGCUGGCCACUGAGCUCAUCCGCUCCUGGUCCCUGGCGCUCACCUGGGCCCUCAACUACCGGACCGGCACGCGGCUCCGCGGCGCCAUCCUCACCAUGGCCUUCCACAAGAUCCUGAGGCUCCGCAGCAUACGAGACAAGACUGUGGGGGAGCUGAUCAACAUGUGCUCGAGUGACGGGCAGCGGAUGUUUGAGGCGGCAGCAGUGGGCAGCCUGCUGGCAGGCGGGCCCCUCAUCGCUGUACUGGGCAUGGGCUACAACCUGGCCAUCCUGGGCCCCACCUCCCUGCUAGGGUCCGCGGUCUUCAUCCUCUUCUACCCUGCCAUGAUGUUCAGUUCCAGGCUGACGGCCUACUUCAGGAGGAAGGGCGUGGCCGUGACAGACAUGCGGGUGCAAAAGAUGAACGAGAUCCUCAACUAUAUCAAGUUCAUCAAGAUGUAUGCCUGGGUGAAGGCUUUCUCCCAGUCUGUGCGCAGAAUCCGUGAGGAAGAAGUAAAGAUCCUGGAGAAGACCGGGUAUUUCCAGAGCAUCACAGUGGGCGUGGCUCCCAUCGUCGUGGUGAUCGCCAGUGUGGCUACCUUCUCCUCCCACAUGCUGCUGGGAUAUGACCUCACUGCUGCCCAGGCGUUCACCGUAGUAACUGUCUUCAAUGCCAUGACCUUUGCACUCAAAGUCACACCCUUCUCAGUCAAGUCCUUGUCCGAGGCAUCGGUGGCCAUGGAGAGGUUCAAGAGUCUCUUUAUGAUGCCGGAGGUGGAAAUGAUCCGGCCCCCGCCACAGAGCCCCCUAGUGGCCAUAGAGAUUAGUAGCGCAAGUCUGGCCUGGGAGACAGGUGGCCACAGUGCCCAGCCCACACCCCGGGGCACGCCCUCCGUGGGCAUGGUCCAGAGGCACAGCCUCAGGCGGCACCGUGCCGCUGCCCGCGGGACAAAGGGAGGAGAGCAGUGCGCAAUCGAGGAGCAGACUGGUCAGCUGCUGACAGAGAGGGCCGGGGACAUGCCCUCCAGCCCUGAGGACGAGACCGCGCCCGUCCCAACCAUCAGCCAGCGCCUGCAGAGGACCCUGCACUGUAUCAACCUCACUGUGCCUCAGGGGAAACUGGUUGGAAUCUGCGGUAGUGUAGGAAGUGGGAAGUCGUCUCUAGUCUCUGCCAUCCUGGGUCAGAUGACCCUUCUGGAGGGCUCAGUGGCAGUGAGCGGAGACUUCGCCUAUGUGGCUCAACAGGCGUGGAUCCUCAACGCCUCUCUGCGGGAUAACAUCCUGUUUGGGAAGGAGUAUGAGGAAGAGAGGUACCAGCUGGUUUUGAGUGCUUGCUGUCUGAGACCGGACCUGGCCAUCUUGCCCAAUGCUGACCUGACUGAGAUCGGUGAGCGUGGAGCCAACCUGAGUGGCGGUCAGCGGCAGCGCAUCAGCCUGGCCCGUGCCCUGUACAGCGACAAGAGCACCUACGUCCUGGACGACCCGCUCAGCGCCCUCGAUGCUCAUGUGGGCAACCACGUCUUCAACAAUGCCAUCAAGAAGCAGCUGCGACACAAGACCGUCAUCUUCGUCACUCACCAGCUGCAGUACCUUGUGGACUGUGAUGAUGUUAUUUUCAUGAGAGACGGCAGCAUUACAGAGCAGGGCAGUCAUGAGGACCUGAUGUCCCUUAACGGAGAUUACGCUGCCAUGUUCAACAACCUGCAGUUAGGAGAGGCUCCCUACAUCGAGGUGACCAACAAGAACUCUGGGAACUCUUUGAAGAAGCCUCCAGAGAAGACCAAGGCAGGAUCCAUAAAGAAGGACAAGCCUGCCGACAAAGAUACCAACGGCCAGCUGGUGCAGGUCGAGGACCGUGGGCAAGGCUCUGUCCCCUGGUCAGUGUACAGUGUGUAUAUCCAGGCUUUGGGCGGAGUGACGGUCUUCCUCCUCAUCCUGUUGCUCUUCAUUCUCAAUAUGGGCAGUGCUGCUUUCAGCAACUGGUGGCUCAGCUACUGGAUCAAGGAAGGAAGUGGGAACACCACAGUGUGGGUUGGGAACACCUCCGUGUUGAGUGACAGCAUGCGGGACAACCCCCUAAUGCAGCACUACGCCGGCGUCUAUGCACUCUCCAUGGGCAUCAUGCUGCUCCUCAAACUUGUGCGGGGAAUUGCCUUCGUCAAGGGAACACUGAGGGCCUCUUCUCAGCUCCAUGAGCAGCUUUUCCAGAAAAUUCUGCGGAGCCCCAUGAAGUUUUUCGACACCACACCUACUGGCCGCAUACUCAACAGAUUCUCCAGGGACAUGGAUGAAGUGGACACAAGGCUGCCUUUUCAAGCGGAGAUGUUCAUCCAGAACGUAAUUCUCGUCUUCUUCUGCCUGGGAGUGAUCGCCUGCGUCUUCCCGUGGUUCCUGGUGGCGGUGGGGCCCCUGGUCGUGCUCUUCACUCUGCUCCACAUGGUUUCGCGCGUCUUCAUCCGUGAGCUCAAGCGCUUGGACAACAUCACACAGUCGCCCUUCCUCUCCCACAUCACCUCCAGCAUCCAGGGCCUCACCACCAUCCACGCCUAUGGCAAGGGGGAGGAGUUUCUCUACAGAUACCAGGAGCUGCUGGAUCAGAACCAGGCCCCGUUCUACCUGUUCAGUUGUGCGAUGCGCUGGCUGGCGGUCCGUCUGGAUGUGAUCAGCGUGGCUCUGAUCAGCAUUACAGGGCUCAUGAUCGUCCUGAUGCACGGGCAGAUCGCGCCUGCAUAUGCCGGGCUUGCCAUCUCCUAUGCUGUGCAGCUGACCGGUUUGUUCCAGUUCACGGUGCGUCUGGCUUCUGAGACGGAGGCCCGCUUCACUUCUGUGGAGAGAAUUCACCACUACAUCCAGUCUCUGGCCCUGGAGGCCCCUGCCAGAAUCAAGAACAAGGCCCCCCCUCCGGACUGGCCCCAGGAGGGGGAGGUGGUGUUCGAUGGCACGGAGAUGAGGUACCGGGAGAACCUGCCGCUGGUUCUGAAGAAGGUGUCUUGUACCAUCCGGCCCAAAGAGAAGGUUGGCAUCGUGGGCCGCACUGGAUCAGGGAAGUCCUCUCUGGGUGUGGUGCUCUUUCGCCUCGUGGAGCCCUGUGGCGGCUCCAUCCAAAUCGACGGUGUCAACAUCUGUGACAUCGGCCUGGCUGACCUGCGCAGCAAGCUGUCGAUCAUCCCGCAGGAGCCAGUGCUGUUCAGCGGCACAGUCAGAUCCAACCUCGACCCCUUCAACCAGUAUGCCGAGGAGCUCGUCUGGGACGUGCUGGAACGGACGCACAUGAAGGACUGUGUAUCCCAGCUGCCUCUGAAGCUGGAGUCGGAGGUGGUGGAGAAUGGAGAGAACUUCUCCGUUGGAGAGAGACAGCUGCUCUGUGUGGCCCGGGCCUUGCUCAGACAGUGCAAGAUUCUGAUCCUGGAUGAGGCGACGGCUGCCAUGGACUCGGAGACGGACUCGCUGAUCCAGGAGACGAUCCGCAGCGCCUUCCAGGACUGCACCACCCUCACCAUCGCACACCGGCUGCAGACCGUGCUCAACUGUGACCGCAUCAUGGUGCUCGUCCAGGGACAGGUGGUGGAGUUCGACGAGCCAUCCAGACUGCUGGCCAAUGAGAACUCUAGAUUCUGCGCCAUGCUGGCGGCCGUGGAGAACAAGGUCUCUGUGAGGGGCUAGAGAGACGGGAGGGACCGUGAGCGAGCGCGAGGCAGAGCCACACUCGGGAGCGGCGAUGACACCCCCCCCCCCCCCCAACAGACACGUCUCACCAUGCUUUGUCUAGGCCAUGCCCCCCUUCCUGCAGUCCUGCAGUUCUCUCUGCUGCCUGCUGGGGGUGUUAUGUUGAGCUCUGUUGGGCCGGGGACCUGAGCAGGGCUGUCCUGGGGAGGAGCCUGCUCAGAAAUCACUCUCAGCCUAAUGGUCAGGAAGCCACUGAUACUGUAACAGUGUUUUUGAGUAAUAUUAAAAGAAGCUUUACAUGUGUAGCUGUAUUCAUUUAAGCAGGUCUAUUUCAUAGUAUAUAUAUAUAUGUAUAUAUAUAUAUAUAUAUAUAUAUAUAUAUAUAUAUAUAUAUAUAUAUGUGUAUAUAUAAUAUACAUAUAUACCUAUAUUUACAGUGCAAAGGAUGUAUGCUAAGCUUAUUUUGUACUGUUUAUACAACAUCUGUGUAUAACGUAUUCUGUAAUUUCAAUUGUGGUUUGGUCCGUCACCAUAGUGUGACCUCCCGGGGUUUAGAAAAUUGGCACUGUUCAGAACUCUGUAACACCGUCAUCAGAUGACUGACGUGCCGGACCCAGGUCGGUCUGAUUGGCUUGCACGCCCAAGAAGGCGUGGCCGGGGUCAGGUUAGGCUGGCAGUGAGCAGGAGGGAGCUUCACUGAGUCUCCUCUCAGUGCGUCUCCACUCCAUGCCCUGAGGCGACGGUCUUCCCCCUGAUGGUAUCACCCCCAACUAAGAGGCCUUGUGUGUUUACAGCCCGUUUCCGUUGACUGUGUUCAUUCCAUCAGUGUGUCUUUUUUAACGACCUUUUGAAAUAAUGGGUCAUUUCCCAGCCCUCAUGCCCUUGCACAGAGUGGCCCUGUAGCUGCUCGGUAGCUCCCUCUGCUGGUGGGAGAAUCUGUGACUGUCACAAGCUGUCUUUCCUCUCCAGUUUAAACUGCAAAAGAAUGAAGGUGUUCUCGGUCUGUGCGUGCAUGUGUGUGCGCAUGUGGUGUAAUAUCAGAACUGCACAAAUAUAAACUGCUGUAAGCCUACUUGAUGUGGGCUCUGACCGUAACUUGCAGUGUUGAUCAGGCCCAAAUUAGUACUGUAAUGUCAAUGGCUUACCAACAGGCCUUUAUGAAUGUGUCUGCCUGCUAUUUUUAUUACUUUUUAUAGCCUUAGCAUGAUGUAAUUAUUGCCUUUUGAGAGGGGGUGAGAGAAAGACGGAGAAAAAUCUAUGAAAUAUGUUAAUAAACUAUUUUAGGUUUA